AUUUUAUGUCGGCACACACUUAAGUUUAGUCCUUUGUGUUCCCCUUUAAAUUGGGUGCAAUACGUCUCUUUCACAGCGCUGUGAACGUGAUUUGCGCAUGGUCAGCUGAAGAUCAAAAUGUGUCGGUAAAAAUCAGCUCAUUUUGAACGACAUCGCACUCCUGCAGAAUUCACGGAGUGGAGGUGCAACAUUGAAGCACGGACGAUCAAAGGUAAACUGUCACUAUGGACUUGGAUGUUGGAAACAUGUUUUUAUUGGCCGGAAGCACGUUGGCAAUCCCCAUUCUGGCUUUUGUCGCCUCUUUCUUGCUCUGGCCUGCAGUACUCAUCAAGGUGUACAACUGGUACUGGAGAAGAGCUCUGGGCUUGCAGUUAGAUUACGCGGAGCAUGAAGGUUAUCGAUUUUGCUACUCGCACAGAGGGAAACCUGGGAGCAAACCUUCCAUCCUUAUGCUGCAUGGCUUCUCUGCUAACAAAGACAUGUGGCUAGCCAUGGUCAAGUUCCUCCCAAAAAAUGUGCACUUGUUAUGUGUUGACAUGCCGGGACAUGAGGGUACGACUCGUACGAGUGCUGUGGACUACUCUAUAGAGGGUCAGGUCAAGAGGAUCCAUCAGUUUGUAGAGGCUGUCCAGCUGAACAAAAAGCCUUUUCACAUCAUUGGCACAUCCAUGGGGGGCUGCGUUGCAGGAGUGUAUGCUGCCCGCUACCCUGAGGACCUGUGCAGCGUCACUCUCGUCUGUCCUGCAGGUUUGGAAUAUCCCAAAGAAAGUAAAUUUGUGCAGCGUCUAAGGGUCUUGGAAAAAGACAACGAUGUUAUGGGAAUCCCACUCAUUCCAUCCACAACAGAGGAGAUGGAAGAAAUGCUUAAACUUUGCUCCUUUGUUCGCUUCAAAAUACCUCAACAGAUUCUUCAAGGGCUGAUUGAUGUCCGCCUUCCACACAAUGACUUCUACCGUGAAUUGUUUAUGGAGAUAGUGGGCGAGAAAUCUAGACAUGCUUUACAAGAGAGCAUGCACCUAAUCUCAAGGCCUCUGCAGGUUAUUUGGGGAAAACAGGACCAGGUGCUGGAUGUUUCUGGGGCCUCUGUUUUGGCUAAAGCCAUUCCUGGAUGCCGGGUGGACAUCCUGGAUAACUGUGGCCAUUCCGUGAUUAUGGAACGUCCUCGGAAAAGCGCCCAGCUUGUCAUGGACUUCAUCACUGCCCAACAAAACUCAGGCAGUCUGAGUAACAAGAAGCUCUCCUGAGACUACGCUAUGAAAUUCACAUUUUUGAACAGCAUUUGUCAAGUGUGUAAAUAAUCUCUCUCUCUAUAUAUAUUUUUAACCAACACUCAGGGACUCUCCCUUAACUCCUGUCUAAUACAAGAUGUCAUUUGGUAAAGACAAAAAGAAAGCAGGAAGUUAAACAAUCAAUAUCAUAAAAAAAAAGCCCAAGCAAAGUCUUUGGUGAUGUCAAACACAACAUUUUCCCUUCCACAGCAAUACUUUUUAUAAAGGUAAGGACUUCAUUCCAUUCUGACGUGACCAAUUUAAUAACUUCAUCAUCGUCAUCAUAUAUCAUAAAAGGUUAGAAACAUUUAGUAAGUUUACAAAGUCUUUGUUGUGAAAAUGCUGAAGUAAUGUCAGAGACUCCCUUUACUUUUUGAAAAAAAAAAAAAGGUUCUAACUAUGCUUCUGUAUGCUGCAGCAUGUUUAUUUUUAUGGACAUUGGGAUUUUUACAGCUUUAAAGCACUUGUAUUUCAUCUCCUCAGUGUGCUCCUUUCUGUACAGACUACAGCACAAGUAUUAAAUAUUCAGUCUCACAUUAUGAGGUUUGAGCAGAAGCCGCACAAGGAUGCAGGUCACUACUAUUCAAGAACUGAUUUUGCUGCCAAAGGCACAGUGUCAUGAAUUAAUGAUACUUAACUACCUUUAUUUCUGUGGUACAUUUGCUGCUGCAGUGUAAAUGAUGUCAAGAGGAUAAUGCUUUGAAUGAGUGAACCCCAACACAAAACGACACAAAUUAUAUGCCCUUUUGUAAUUUUGUCAAAUUUUGAACCUUUGAAGCACAAGUAGUGCACUAGCAGAAUAUCAUGUUCUCAUACUGUUAUUUAAUAUGUCAGACCAUGCUUUCUACACAGUUAUGCACUGAGCUUACACCAGCAAUGCAGUAUUUAUAAUGUAAGGUACAUGUAGAAAGUAAUCUGUUUCUUUCUUUAGCAAAUCUAUAUCCAUUUUCUUCUAAAAUGACAUAUGUAGAAAUAAGUCAAAUCAUUGAAAUAUAUUUAUAAUUUCACUAUUAGUAGAUGGUUUGCCAUUGCCGUGCGUGUGUGUCUGGUGUGUGGGUGCGGAUGUGUGUGUGUUGUCUGAUUAUGAUGGGAUACAGUUCUGAGUCUAACAGAAAAUGAACUAAAAUAAAAUUGUAUUUAAUAUUUCAAUAAAUGAAAAUGUAAUAAACUUGCAA